AUGGCAUUCGCGGUUCGCUCGUUCUUCCUCCUCUGUGCGAUCAGCGGACUGCUGACGGGAGUAUGGUCUCUCCCCAAGAAAAGUCAAAAAAAUAAUGACUGCCCCAAAGGCUGGACUCGCUUGGACUGUAACUGUUACAUCUACCAAGGCGAAAUUAGGGCCUUAGCAGAUGCGGAGAGCGUCUGCAAUAUUCUGGGUGGAAAUGUCGCCUCCAUCCACAGUGACCUGGAAAAUGCAUUUAUUCAUGAACUGGUUCAAGCGGGUGGUGAUGAGGGCUAUGCCGUCCUUGGACUUCAUGACACAAUUGAGGACGAUGACUACAUAUGGACUGAUGGCUCAGAAAACGAUUACACAAACUUUGACAUGAGCGCCGGCGAGCCCGAUGGCAGCGGUGACUGUGUUGAGAUGGAUAUUUCUGGUAAGUGA